AUGGCUUCACAACAAAUGAUCCCGAAUUCUGCUUCAGAGUUUCCUUCAUCACGAAGUUUACCAAUUCUACACCCAUUUCAACCUCAUACUUUUAUAAAACCUAUAAAGAGAAUUCAUGAAGGUCACGAUGUGCCCCAUUUCCUCACAUCAAAGGCAUAUGCCGAUAUUGGCAUGUUUGUUAUGCAACUCAAUAUCGCCAUGUGUCCCAGGAAAUCAUCUGAGAUAGGCCAAGACCCUCAGACGUGGUCAUUAGAUUCUCCUCUCCAGUUAUCAGAACCUGUUAAGAAAAUACAGGAGUUAUUGCAGAAUAUUAAUGACUUUAUUGAUGAAGCACCACCUGAUACAGGACCAAGAAGAUUUGGAAAUGUUAGCUUUCGAAAAUGGUAUGAUAUACUGGAGACUAGGUCGAAGGAUUUACUGAAGCAGUAUUUACCGGCUGAAGUUCUUCAUUUUGGCGGUGGUUCUCCAGACGGCGAAGUAUCGGCUUUGGAUGAACUUAGUUCUUAUUUGUUGGGUGGAUUUGGAAGUGCGCAAAGACUAGAUUAUGGAACUGGUCAUGAACUUAGCUUUUUGGCUUUCUUAGGAUGUAUUUGGAAAUUGGGUGGAUUCACCAAAAUAUCUUUGGCUGGAGGCGAGUUGGAAAGAAGUAUUGUUAUCGGAAUUAUAGAGCCCUAUUUACGCGUGAUUCGUCGUCUCAUCCUUACCUAUACAUUGGAGCCAGCUGGAUCUCAUGGUGUAUGGGGACUGGAUGAUCAUUCAUUUCUACCAUACAUCUUUGGGUCGUCACAGUACUGUCCAGCUAUCACUGACGAUGAAGCUAUGCCAGUAGAGGGAUCUUUACCAGAAUCUCCAAACCCAGGAGAUGUAGCGAAGAAGAUGGAUGUUGAACGAGAAAGAAAGAACAACAUGUAUUUCUCAGCCAUCGGUUUCAUUAAUGAUGUUAAAACUGGGCCAUUUUGGGAACAUAGCCCAAUGCUUUUUGAUAUCUCUGGAGUUCGAUCAGGAUGGGGCAAAAUAAAUAAGGGUAUGAUCAAGAUGUACAAUGCAGAAGUGCUAUCAAAAUUUCCAGUCGUACAACAUUUUCCAUUCGGGUCAUUAUUUAGCUGGGAUCAAGAUCCGCAUGCAGUACCAGCAACUCAAACUGUACACACAGCAAAUCAACCGACGGGUUCGGGGGGCAUAUCGACGUCCCGACCACCACCACCAGAAGGUACAAGAGCCCCCUGGGUCAAUCCAUCACCAAGUCAAGGCAUUCCAUCAACAACCGCACCAUGGGCAAACUCAACAGCAGGAGCCAUGCCCUCAACAAGACGAAACAUACCUCCUACGUAUACAUCCUCCACGACACCCACAAGAGCAAUACCUACAACAAGACCAUCGUUGCCAAAUAGUAACACACCACCAACUUCAUCCAACACCUCACUUCCUGAUGAAGGUCCCACACGUGCACCUUGGGCUAAGUAA